AUGGAUCAAUACGAGAAGCUGCGCCCUGUUGGUCGGCUGGAGCAGUACUCAACGGCCCGCCAUCAGAUCGGGUUCUACCUGAAUGUUGCCGUGACAGCGACCUAUCUUCUGCCGGACUGUUUCACCCUGCCUAUCAGGGACUAUGUGUACCGCGCUUGCGAGACGGCAAUUGCGGAGCACCCGGCGCUGUCCGCGAUCCCGGUGGCCGAUGAUACACAACAGCCCUACUUUGUACGGUUGCCACAAAUCAAUCUGGACCAGGUGGUGUCCUUUGAGCAGCGGAAGAAUGUCAACCUAUCGGGUGAAACCAUAGACGGCGAACCUACCCCAGACCUUGAUCUGCAGGCGCUGCUCGAAAUACAGCACAACACGCCAUUCACAGCGCCGAAUGCUUACUGGAGGCUCUGUAUCUUGUCCGACUCCGAAGAUGAUCGGCGGUUCACAGCAGCCUUCGUGUUCCACCAUGCCCUCGGGGACGGAACCUCUGGCAAAGUAUUCCACCAAACGUUCCUGCAGGCCCUACACCUGGCCGAGGCUGGGGAAACCAAGUCCGUCAUCCAGGCACCAUCCAAGCCCAUGCUGCCCAACAUUGAAGAAAUCCACCCAAUGCCCCUAUCGCUCGUCUACCUUGCCAAGAAAAUCUUCCAAGCAAAGAUCUAUUCCCGCAGAGACCCCGGUCUCUGGAGCGGCGGCAAAAUCCAAACACAAGGGAAGACCCGCGUGCGCCUGGUUCCUUUUUCCAAGGCCCUGGUGACAUCUCUCCGGAAUGUAUGUCGUCAAGAGCACACGACCAUCACGGCCAUCCUGCACACGGCCAUAGCCCGGUCUCUCUUCACGCAUCUGCCGGCCCACUUCACCCGCCUUAAUUGCACAGGUGCCAUCUCCUGCCGCCGCUGGCUGCCCGACAUUAUCACCGACGAGGUGAUUGGCGUCUACGUCGGCGACAUCGAGGACUCAUAUACCCGCGCUGAUGUCACACCGCCCAACAAUGUCUUCCCCUGGUCAGAGGCCCGGCGCUCGAAACAAACGAUCGACGCUGCCGUCCAGCGUGAAGGACGCGACGCAGGACCCAACUUGCUAAAAUACGUCGCUGACUAUCAGCAGGAGUUGUGUCUGUCAAAGGUCGGCAGCGAGCGUGAUCAGAGCUUCGAGGUCUCGAACAUCGGCGUUAUGCAGUGCGAGGCCAGGCCUAGGAAGCCUCGGAUCGAGCGCAUGGUGUUUUCGCAGUGUGCGAGCGUGAUUGGGAAUGCGAUUGAGGUUUCUGUUGUCACUGGUGGUGAUGGGUGUCUUGUGCUUGCUAUUACGUGGCAGGUCGGGGUUGUUGAGGAGAGUUUGAUUGAGGCGGCUAUUGUGUUUCUGGUGGGCGAGUUGCGGGCUUUGGCUGGGCUGGAGUGA